CUCCCUCAGUCCGCAGCUGUGCGCCGCUGUAUCGGCUGCUCGUGUCGCCCGCUCUCCUCGCCUCCUAACCGGCUUUCUUCACCGGGGAACGCCGCUGGUCUGACCGUGUCCGUGGAACAUCAGGGUGAAACAUGAGUCCCGGGUCCCGGAGCUGGUCCCGGAGCUGGUCCCGGGUCUGGUCGUGUCUGCUGAGCCUGAGUGUUUUGACCCGGGCUCUGGAGCUGGAGGAGCUGUUUGAGUUCGGAGAAGAAGCCGGAGACCUGUCGCUGCCGCCCGGCUCGGACUCCACCGCCGGGCUGCCCCUCAACGGAUCUCUCUUCUUCUUCGGCGACACCGUCGACAAAGUUUACAUUAACACCAAUGGAUUUGUGGCUGCGGUCGAGCCUCCGGCUGAGAAGGAGUACCUGGGGAAGAUGCCCGCCAAUUUCAAAAUGAUGGCCGCCCUCCUGGGAAACCUGGACAACAGUGAUGGACGGGGAAAAGUCUUUUUCAGGCAGGACAGCAGCCCGGACGUGUUGAGGCGAGCCGGUAAGCACGUCAGGCAAGCUUUCCCCAGAGACGAAGGAGUGGAGCCCAACAGUGCCUUCAUCGUCACCUGGAUGAACAUGGCCGCCCAGGGGACGUCGGGACGAGGGGACGGAGUGGACGCCAAGAGAAACACCUUCCAGCUGGUUGUGGUUUCCAUGGCGUCGUCCUCCUGUGCCAUUCUCUUGUACCCCAGAGAUGGUCUUCAGUUCCUCUCCACGUCAGUCGAUGGUGAGAGUAAGCUGCUAGAGGCCGGCUUCAGUGAAGGCAUGGUGUCGGGCUGGUUCUGGAAAACCACACAGGGGACGUACUUUAAAACCACCACCGAUGAAGAGACCUCCAUCCGGGAUCUUACUGAGAAGACGAACUCUGGACGAAAAGGAGUUUGGGUGUACGAGAUCGGUGCCUCGCCGAUCUUUGUUGCCAUCACACCCGGAAUGCUCCCUAACCUUCCUGAGGAGGAAAAAGGUACCACCGAACCUCCUGUGACCACAGAACCACCUGUGACCAUGUUACCAAGGCAACCUGAUGAGGAGCAGGAGGUGGACUUCUCAAUCUAUGAAACCCAGACGUUGACGACAACUGAAGCGGUGCCAGAAGAAAAGGAGGAGUUUCCAACUGAGACUCCCAACGAGUACAAACCGGGCUACCCAGAGGCUGAGACCAUCUCACCUGGGUAUACCGAACCAGAUGAUGAAGAACCGGACCAGUUUGAGCCAGAAUACCCUGAAUCUGAGACUGUCAGACCAACAUACACCAGCCCUGAAACGGUUCCGUCAAGGUACCCGGACCAGCCUGAGCCGAGAUACCCUGACCAAACCGAGACCAGAUACACCAUCCCUGAACCCAGUGAACCUAGAUACUCUCCAGUACAGCCAAGGGACCCUGAUCCAGUCCAACCACGAUACACCAACCCUGAACCAGUCCAGCCAAGGUACCCUGACCCUGAACCAGUCCAACCAGUGCCCCCCCAUUCACAGCCCCAGCACCCCCAAAUCGUUGUGGUGGAUGAAGACGAAGAUCUGGAUGUGAAUGUGUUUGCGUACAAUUUGGAGACGUGCGCCCACAACAGGCACAAAUGCUCUGCUUUUGCCGACUGCCGGGAUUACAGCGGCGGGUACUGCUGCCACUGCAGACCUGGUUUCUACGGUAACGGGAAGGACUGUGUCGCAGAAGGCAAACCACAGAGGAUGAAUGGAAAGGUGAACGGUCGAGUGUUCGUAGGGAACUCGCCUUCUCCCAUAGAGCUCAUUAACAACGACUUGCACUCAUAUGUGGUGGCCAAUGACGGACGGGCCUACGUGGCCAUCAGCAGCAUCCCCGAAGGCGUGGGCCCCUCCCUGCAACCGCUGUCCUCCCUGGGAGGAGUCAUCGGCUGGGCCUUCGCCCUGGAGCAGCCGGGCUACCAGAACGGCUUCAGUCUGAUUGGUGGCGUGUUUUCCCGGCAGGCUGAGGUGAUCUUCCAGCCUGGAAACGAGCGUCUGAGCAUCAAGCAGCAGUUUAAAGGAAUCGACGAACACGACCACCUGGUUGUGAGCACGGAGCUGGAGGGACAUGUGCCCGCCAUCCUGCCGGGAUCCUCCGUCCAGAUCAACCCGUACAAAGAGAUCUACCAGUACGACAGAAACUUGAUCACUUCCUCCUCCAACCGCGACUACACCGUCACCUCCCCUGACGGCACUGUCGAGACCAGAAGCUACCAGUGGCGUCAGACCGUCACCUUCCAGAGCUGCCCACACGACGAGGCCACCAGGGCGGCGCCGUCCACCCAGCAGCUCAGCGUGGACCAGAUCUUCGUGAUGUUCGACACCAGCAACCUCCUGAUCCGCUACGCCAUGAGCAACAAGAUCGGCUCCGUCCACAGCAGUCUCCCAGAGCAGAACCCGUGUUUCACCGGCCGACACGGCUGCGACAUCAACGCCGUGUGCCGAGCGGGUGAAGGCCUCCAGUUCACCUGUCAAUGUGCGACUGGUUUCUCUGGAGACGGACGCUAUUGCCACGAUAUUGACGAGUGCAGGGAAACGCCUCUGGUCUGUGGACUCAACACCGAGUGCACGAAUCUGCCGGGAACUUUCCGCUGUGAGUGUUUGACCGGCUUCGUGUUCGGCAGCGAUGGAAAGACCUGCAUCGUGGAGAACCGUCCUGUGGAUCACUGUCAGAGAGGAAGCCAUGACUGUGACGUCGCAGAGAGAGCGCUGUGCAGCUACACCGGAGGCUCCGCCUACCUCUGCUCCUGCCUGCCGGGCUUCGUGGGUGACGGCCGGGUGUGUCAGGACGUAGACGAAUGUCAGCAGGAUCGAUGCCACCGCGACGCCUUCUGCUCCAACACACAGGGCUCUUACAGCUGCCAGUGCCAUCCUGGUUUCCACGGCGACGGAUUCCAGUGCAGCCCCAUAUCCACAGAGCGGGAGAAGACCCAGUGUGAGCGUCAGAGAGAGAGCGCCCAGGACUCUGCCUCUUCCGCCCCCGGCUUCUUCUCCUUCUUACGCCCUCGGCCCGCCGUCAGUCGGUACGUCCCGCAGUGUGACGACCACGGCGCCUAUGAGCCCACGCAGUGUCACGUCAGCAUCGGACAGUGCUGGUGUGUGGACGCCAACGGUCAGGAGAUCCCCAACACCCGCACCGGACCCGGCAACACGCCUCUCUGUAUCAACCAGGUUGUGACUCCUCCUCCUGUGGGUCCGACGCCGCGUCCUGACGUUCACCCCGUCGCCCCGGGAACACACCUGCUGUUUGCUCAGAGCGGGAAAAUCGAACAUGUUCCUAUGGACGGAUACAACAUCAAGAAGGAGGAGGCCAAACCUCUGCUGCACAUCCCUGACCGGGUGGUGAUCGCCUUGGCCUACGACUGCGUGGAGAAGAUGGUUUACUGGACCGACAUCACCGGGCCGGCGAUCAGCAAAGCCAGUCUGAGCGGAGGAGACAUCGUCCCAGUCGUGACUAAAGAGCUGCAGAGUCCUGAAGGCAUUGCCAUCGAUCAUGUGUCCCGACUCCUCUUCUGGACCGACUCCAUGAAAGACACCGUGGAAGUCUCCAAGCUGGACGGCAGCCAGCGUCGAGUCCUGUUUGACACCGACCUGGUGAACCCUCGGCCCAUCGUCGCCAACCCGGCAUACGGGCGGCUGUACUGGGCAGACUGGAACAGAGACGGGCCUAAAAUUGAGAUGUCCAACAUGGACGGGACAGACCGGACCAUCCUGGUGAAAGAUGACCUGGGACUUCCCAACGGUCUGACCUUUGACCCUGACAACCAGCAGCUGUGUUGGGCCGACGCAGGAACUCGUAAGUUGGAGUGUAUGGAUCCUCACCGGCGGCUGAGGAGGCAGAUCGUUGAUGGGAUCCAGUAUCCCUUCGCUCUCGUCUCGUUUGGAAGGAACCUCUAUUACACCGACUGGAGGAGGGAGGCGGUGGUCGCUGUGGACCGUCACUCGGAGAAAGAGACAGAAGAGUUUCUGCCACAGAAACGCUCUCGGCUCUACGGCAUCACCACGACGCCCACGCAGUGUCCACAAGCUUAUAAUUACUGCUCCAACAACGGUGGCUGUUCUCACCUGUGUUUGCCGCGGCUCGGCGGGUUCACCUGCCGCUGCCCAGACGCUGCCGAUGGUCAAUGUGUGGAGAGGAACCUGUGAGUCUGCAGAGCGACAAUAACACUGCUGCCACUGGGAGAGGAAAAAAAAGACAAAACACACUUAACUGAAUUUUGGUGUUUUCUACUUUUCUUACUUGAAUUGAACGUUUCUACAAUCAUUUUAGAGUUGAGAGUUUUACGUUUUGUUGGCCUUUGUAAACUGUUCAGACCUCACUGUAUUUAUGACGUCACACUUGAGGUGAGAUAAUUAACUUUCUUCCUGUUACUGUUGAAUUCAGAUUUGGUUUCAGAUCUUUUUGUGCAGCAUGUGUUUUUAAUUUGAGUUUCAUUACGAUAUUAGAAAUAAGUGACUAAAAAAAGAAUACAGGGAUUUUUUUUGAAAGACAGCAGGUAGCUGAAAACCCUUUCACCAGAUGAUAAUUAUUUGAAAAGGUACUGAAUGAUGAACUUCAGGUUGUGUUUUUAAUGUAAAACUCUUAUUGAAUUCUCACAGAUGUGGUCUGAAAGAUAAGUGUGAGAAACAAUCAGAUAUAAUUCUAAAAAUGUCGUAAGGUUUCUGAAAAUGAAAUUUCUGUUUCAGAUAAAGACAACUUAAAUUCUUCAAUACGUUGUGCAAAGUUAAACAUGAAGAAUCUCACUGAGAUUUCUUGACUCAACAAGAACUCCAUAUAUGACUGUUUAGGUCUGAGUUCUUGAAUUUCAUCCACCAAACAAGUCAAUGGUUUUUAUCAGAAGUCAUCUUACAAGAAGCUGGACACCAAUCACAUACUGACAACAUCCAAUAAUGUAUACAGUAUCAGCACAUAUAUCAGAAGAGGCUGAACAACCAGAUCUGCUUCUAAAUACUCACACUGAUAAAUGACAAUCAUAAUGAUUGGCUGACAGCAGAUUUCUAUGAGUAACUUGUAUGAGUAGCAAAUUUUCAAGUUAGACUGACUCAUGGUUAGUGAGUUACACCCAAUCAAAUUCAUCCUUACCAAAAUAUGGCCGCAACAGCACAAAGUGUUCAAGAGUGUAGACUAGAGUUUACACCUACAAGAAACUGUCAGUUAGUUACAACAAAACAGUUUGUAACAACAAAUUAAUCGAGGAUGAUGAUCAUGGUUCAAGAGUUAUGAACCAAAAUGUCAAACAUUUCUAACUCUGGCCACAUGGUGGCACUGUUGGUUCCAUCAUGUUCAUCAAUUUUUUCUAUGUGCACAUUAGCAAAUACUUUUCUGACUAAAUUAGAAAUAAUCAGGAGCUCCUCGUGAUGUUUCAACUGAACUGCAGUGAUUUUAACACAUACGUGAUGUCAAAUGUCUCAUGAGCAUCAUGUUUGUUGACACGUCUCUUUUGAUGCAGUCUGUGCAGAUGUGGUUGACUAAGAAUACCUGUUUUACAUGAACGUGCUGCCUUUUACUGACAGGUUUGUCUGAUUGAUCAAUCUUUUUUUUAAAUAGCCAAAUUAAAUUACACAUAAAACCACAUUUUCUUCUUGUUUAAUUGGUGAUGAGGUGAAUAACAGUUAAAUGAAGCUGACUCAAGUUUUUCAUUGGUAAAUAAAACUUUGCCAAUCCUAAAUUAUUCUGUAUUUUAGUAUCAUAUAUCAUAAAAUUAGAGUAGUUUUAUUUCUUCCCCAUUACUGACAUGUAUGUUCAGCAUUGUGGAAAUGAACUCUGCGUCACUAUGAGCCAGUGACAGAUCCUGGAACAGUGUCAGAGUUUAUUAAGGGCUAAAAAAACAUUUUAAUACUUACAAGAUUUAUUCUGUUGUCUGUGCUAAAACACAAUGUAUUUUUUAUAUGAACUUGUAAAUAUUUACCUGAUAUGCAGAUGGUAUUGUUUUUUGUUUUUUUUAAUGGUGCUGAUGUUAGCCUGAGAUCUACCUGAUGAUGAUGAUGAUGAUGAUGAUGAUGAUGAUGAUGAUGAUGAUGAUGAUGAUGAUGAUGAUAACUGUGUAGGUGUGUGCAGGUUGUGUCUAGAGCCCAAGUGGGUGUUUGUUGGGUUGCAGCUUCGGUUUGAACGUCUCAUGUAAACAUAAUUUUACAUUCAAGACUUGAGACAACAAAUGUUUGGUUUUAAAGACACUUUCAUAAUUGUGAAAUACGGAGGUUUAUUACUGUCGAUAUUAAAAUGAAAUCCUUUAAACCAAUUUAAUCAAACUGUUUUGAAGGAAAAUUCUCAAACAUUAGAAAACUGGGCAUAAUUCAAAUUCAAAUGCAAUUUUCUUUUUUUUUUUGUGGAAAAGUUUUUUUAAUUUUAACAUUUUUAAUUGCAUAUAUAAUUUGAUUUUGAUUUCAUUUUAAUAUUUCCAGGCUUCCACACUGCUCUACCUGCUGCUAAAAACAAAUGUCAAAUUCUUUCAGUUUUUGGGGUUUUCUUUAUAUAAACAAUAAUGGCAGUUCGAGCCCCGGUACUGGAUUUUGAAGCUGAUACAAAUAUUUAAAAGCUUGACUUUUAUUUUCACCUUAGACUAAAAAAUAAAGACAUUAUUGCUGAAGAGUCGUCACAGAGACGUUAUCUGAUGCGAAAAUGUUUUCACUUCAGCCUCCAAAUUUAGCAACAGAUGACAUUUCUAUGAGAAAACUUUCUAUCAGAAAAUUUUCCAGUGAGCACAAGAAACUUUGGGAAAACUUCUGGGCUCUGUAAUGAUCACUCAUGGGGGCUGCCAUUUUUGUUUUAUCAAACACUUUGUGAAACAGGUAAAAACCGUCUUAUUAGUGUAUUGUGAAACUCAAUUUAUCAUGUGUCAUUUUUUUAGCUCCUCACAUAUUGUAUAAAUACUGAUGAUUACACCACAGACACAUCACUGGGCUCAGUGGGUUGUAGGUGAAGUGAACGGCAGGUUAGUGUCACGUUGGCUUUGGGAAACUCAGCUCAGGUUUUGUUUUUUUAAUUGUUAACUGAAAACCCAUCAGGGAGGAUCAGUCCAGCAGGGCCGCACAACAACAGCACAUCACUGACUGUGGUAAAUACUGAAGUUCAUUUUUAAUAACUUGAUUAAAUUACUGGGGGAACAGACAUGUUGUGCCUUAUGUAAAAACACCUUUCAUGUUAAUUCACAUUGUCUUGAAUGUGUCCUGCAGUGGCAGUAGGAAGAGAUAAACAUGGUUGGUCAGUGUUGUGCAGCCCUGCUGACUGGUCUUAUGUGCAUCAUGUUCGGUCUGUGACAUGAAGUACUGUCUGUCUGUACUGAGCAUCAGCCAAAGAGGGAACAUUAACAGCCUGUACAGCCUCAAUAAAACCUUUUUUAAAUACAAAA